AUGGAAAAUUUUGAGAAGCAUCGAAAGAUGCAAGACAACCAGAUAGCCCAGAUAGCCCAAUCCAUCUCAAGAGCGCAGGGAACAUUUUCAGGGAAGCCAGAUAUAAAUCUAGUGGAACAUUGCAACUGCAUUGAGCUGAGGAGCGGACGUAUUGUGGGAGACCCCAAAAUCAUUACUCAGAAGGAACUUGACUUAGAGAAGGAGCCCUCUCUCCUAAUGCCUAAUCAGACUCAAAACAGGGAUGGGGAGGAGGCUACUAAAAAGAAACUGAUAACCUCCCAGAAGGAUGAAGAGUUCAACCGCUUCUUGAAGAAGAUCAAGGAAAUUUGCAUAGAAGUACCACUGAUUGAUGCACUACACCAAAUGUCAAAGUUUGCAAAGUUCUUAAAGGGUAUUUUAUCUAACAGGAGGCAGAAGGGCGACUUCGAGAUCCUAGCAUUAACAGAAAAUUACAGCGCUCUCCUUAUGGCAAAUUCUCCACCAAAGCUUCAGGAUCCAGGAAGUUUCUCUAUACCAUGCAAAAUUGGUUCUGAACUCAUACCGAGAGCUUUCUGCGACUUGGGGCCAGCGUUAUGUAAGAAGCUGGGCCUCUAG